UCUUCGAAUAUUCGGAGCCCAACUCCUAAUCCUCUUCACGCUUAUUCUCGUUCUAGUUCUCUCCCCUUAUAAAGAUACCCCUCCUCCUCCGUCUAUCUCUUCUUCAAACCCUAGUGAGUUUAGUAACACAUUAAGAGGUUUAGUGAGAAAUGGGUUUCUCAAGAGCAAAACGUGUCACUGACCCACUAGCCGACGAGGCUAGGGCUCGUCUCGUCGGGUGCAGCUUCAGCAGCGGCAGCGAACACACAGGCGACGGUAUCGACGACUACGAAGACGAUUCCCCUUGUCUUUCCGAUCUGGUCCAAGGGUUCUUGGAAGACGAAUCUAAUAACCAAAAUAACGUUAACGAGGAGCCGCGCUGGUGCGAAACCGACUCGGAAUCGGACUCGGAUGAUUCGGACUCGGAGCGAGUCGAGCUCCCUGAUUUCGCCGACGAUAUCGCGAAGAUCCUGAGGAACUCUCUCAGGGAAGACAGCUACGGGAGAGCAGUGCUGUUUCACGUCGCGAGGGGUAUGGAAAUGCUGUCGUCUCUGGGAUCCGAUCAAGAACAGCGUGCCGUUUUGCGACGCAAGCUCAUGUCUCUUCUUAGAGAGCUUGGACACAAUGCGGCCAUCUGCAAAACCAAAUGGAAAACCUCCGGCGCACUCACCGCCGGGAACCACGAGUUCAUCGACGUCGUGUACGCACCCGCCUCGUCUCAGACCACCGUGCGUUACAUCGUGGAUCUGGAUUUCGCGUCGCGGUUUCAGAUCGCAAGACCGACGGCGCAGUACUCGCGCGUGCUCCAGUCGCUACCGGCGGUUUUCGUCGGGCAUGGGGAUGACCUCAAGCGGAUCUUGCGUCUCGUGUGCGACGCGGCGAGGCUGUCGCUUAGGAGCCGCGGGCUAACGCUUCCGCCGUGGAGGAAAAACCGUUAUAUGCAGACGCGGUGGCUUGGUUCUUACAAACGCACCGUUAACUCAACGCCUUCGUCUCCCGCCGUUAACACUGUCAUGUGUCGUGCCGUUGGUUUCGAUAACGCCGUCGGUGACCGUCUGUUUGUGCGGACUCGAUAAUUUAAAGAAUAUAGCCACGUGUCUUGUUUUAGGUCGUAAUUUUCCUUAAUCCUAGAGAAUAAUAAUUCAUUGUUUAAAAUUAAAAUUUCUCGUCUGAAAUUAAUUAAAAGAAUGUGUGAUAAAACAAGUAGAUGAAA